AUGGCUCCAUCAGCGGUGUCGACAUACACCGAAUCAGACUCUCAUAUCACGGCCAAAUCUGUACCUACGAAGAAUAAUGAAGUUCAGCCCAAGCAGAAGUCUGCGCUAGAGAUGAUCUCACAAGGCGUCUCGUUGCCAGGUAUCCCGAAGCAUCCCACAUUUGCAGGUCAUCGCGAGUGGAUGCUAGAGCAUAUGGCUCUUGCUUUCCGAGUGUUCGCUCGCAAAGGAUACACAGAAGGCAUGUCCGGCCACAUCAGCGUUCGAGAUCCAGAACAUCCUCAUGCUUUUUGGACAAACCCUCUCGGACGACAUUUUGCACUACUCAAAGCGAAUGAUAUGAUACUGGUAGACUAUGAUGGAAAAGCUAUUGGUGGAAACAUGUCGCGGCCAGCUAAUGCUGCGGGCUUCCUGAUUCACAGCGCCGUCCACAAAGCACGUCCUGACGUUACUGCUGCAUGCCAUACCCAUAGUCCAGCAGGGAAAGCCUACUCAGCUUUUGCACGACCUCUCGAGAUGCUAAAUCAAGAUGUUACCUACUUCUAUGGCGCCGCUCAGGCAGUAUACAAAGAGUUCGGAGGUGUCGUAUUCAGUGCUGAAGAAGGUGAGCGACUAGCUGCAGCGCUCGGACCAUGCGGCAAAGGCAUGAUUCUACGGAACCAUGGUCUACUCACGGUUGGUUCGACGGUGGACGAGGCCGCUUACAUGUACACAUUGAUGGAGCGAAGCUGCGAAGUCCAGCUUCUAGUUGACGCUGCUGCCGCAAAUGGCAUACCGAAGGUCUAUGUGCCUGAAGAGGCGGCGAAGUAUACAUUCGAGAUGGCCAGUGACCCUGAGGCUCUGUACUGGGAGUUUCAGCCAGAUCUGGAGUAUGAGGAGGCAAUGAGUGGUGGAGCGCACAAGGCGUAG